AUGACGAAGAAAGGCCUACCAGACCAGCCCCAGCAGCCUGAUGGUCAAGGCCAAUUGCAUCAAAAUGCGGAGAACCACGAGGGCGACAACAACAACAAUAACGUCUUCGAUCAAACAUUCACAUCAGAACCUCCGCCAUACUCUAGUCCCAUAUCUAAUACUGCUAUUCCCAGGCGACCAAUAAGGACAGCAUCGUCACCAUCAGCAUCUACAUCAGCAACAUUUCCCCUCAUCGACUUCUCCAAAUAUACCAUCCCGGACUCAUUGCUCUCCAAAGACGGGUCUACAAUCUCCACAUAUCAUCCAGCCUUUUCCACCAAUCCUGCAAAUCUAGUACGCUUCAUACAGGAGCAAGCAGCCUUACCGCCAUUGCCAUACAUCCACAUCAUGGGAGAUGAUAAUGGCGGUAUGCAGCGAGAUUUCGAUAUCAAAAUCAAUAUGUUGCCAAUGUUCAUGAAUCAGCUUGCAGGUAGCAAUCAGAACAGAUGGAAUUACGUCAAAUUGGUGGCAGACGGGGAAUCGGCGUAUCGAGGGAAAAGUGAUGCCGCUAUGUCACCUACGGUUAAAGGCGGGUUGGAUGAAUGGGCCAAGAGGUUUUGCAAGGAGGGCUCAGCUGUGAAAUCAUUUACAUUAACCCGCCAACUCUCCAACUGGAACACGAGUUACAUCGAAGGCCAAAUACGAAGUCUAAUCGCUUCGACGGGUUACAACAAACCCAUCACCGUCACAUUCCCCGUCAAAUACUCCAAAGUAGUCGUCCAUCCACCCCGCUCAAACAGUUUUAACAGCUUUUUUACAACAUUGGUUUCGCCAUUGCUAGACAAAAAGCGCUAUGAGGUUGUUCGUGCUGUGUGGCCGUAUGCUUCGUUACCGCCUGGUCCAACCACGAAUACGAAUCGUGUGCCGGUUGUCCAGACCGAGGAAAUGUGGUGGGAGGAAUGGAGGGAUGUACUUCGGUGGGCGAUUGUGAGUAAGAGGAGUUCUGGUUGGGUGUCGGUUGACGAUAUGUUGGAGUUCAAGAUGGCGCCAGCGUAG